AUGGCAGACACCGUCCAAGCGACGCCGCAAACCCGAUCACGCAUAGACUCUGACCUCCAAAGGACUUAUGCCACUGUGGAACAUAGCUCCACCACCCAGCCUAGCUGCUUCCCCAAGACCGGACUAUCACGAAGGUAUCGGACACAGCCUGGAACAUCCCUUGAACCAAUAACCCGGCAUCUGGACAAAAUCUUCACCAGACGGGGACCUACAGUACCCAGCGGCUGGGUGGCUGUGGCGAGCAAAGGGGGAGAGAGGUGUAAACAGAUGGUAAAGUGUAUCAUGUAUGUUGUACACAUAUACUGUGCAUAUCCUGCAUAUCCUAUCAGCCGCUUCAUAGGUACCCCACAUCCAGCCAACGAGGGCCUCCGCGGCCCCUCACCCUUCCAACACACCGUUCCCUCAGUCCCCACAAUACGGCUCACAUACCCUGGUAAUCCUCUAACCCUGGCCCAAGUAAUGACCUCCCAAAGCAGGGUAACUCUGCCCUACCUUUUCAGCCACCCUCCGAUGAAACGCAUGGGGCAAAGCAAACACCAAAUCGAGGUGGUGAGGACACCAGGGGCAUAG